AUGGGAGUUUCAGAAAGCAAUGGGGUCUGCAGCACAUGGGGUAACUACCAGAUCAAGACCUUCGAUGGAGAUAUCUUCCAACUCCAAUCCACCUGCAACCACAUCCUGGCCUCACAGUGUAGGAGCAACUAUGAGGGCUUUAACAUUCAGCUAAGGCGGCAGACCCAGAACAAUGAAACCACCAUCAUGAAGGUCACGAUGAAGCUAGAAGGGACAAUAGUGGAACUGACUAGUUCUGCCAUAAAUGUCAAUGGAGAAACGAUAACAGUCCCAUACAAUGGGCCAGGUGUUUUUAUUGAGAAAAUCAGCUAUUACCUCACAGUCAAAGCUACAAUGGGGGUAACAGCCAUAUGGAACCUAGACGAUGCCUUCAUGGUUGAAUUAAAUCAAAAGUACAAAAAUCAGACUUGUGGGCUUUGUGGUGACUUCAACGGAGUCCCAAUUUACAAUGAAUUUAUCAAGGACGGAGUGAACCUUUCUGCUCCUGACUAUGGAAAUCUAUGGAAGAUGGAUGACCCAACAGAGCACUGUGAGGAACAAGCUGCAAUAGUUAAUGACAACUGCGGAGAUGAGAACAUCUGCGAAAGUCUGUUCCUCAGCAACCAUUUCAGCAACUGCAGUGCUGCUGUAUCAGUUGAAUCAUUUGUCAAAGUCUGCAUGAAGGAUCUCUGCCAAUGUAACACAACCUCUGGAUUUUCCUGCCUAUGCCAAACCAUAGCAGAAUACUCUCGACAGUGUGCGUAUGCAGGAGGGGUACCAGAGAACUGGAGGAAAAAAGAUUUUUGCUCAAUGUCAUGCCCAGCAAGCAUGGUGUAUAUGGAGUGUGGAAAUCCAUGUAUUGAUACCUGUUCUAACUCAGAGAAAAAGGAUUGUACACAACAUUGCAUUGAUGGAUGCUUUUGCCCCCCAGGCACUGUUUUUGAUGAUGUAACAAAAUCUGGAUGUAUACCACUCAGUGAGUGUUCCUGCACUCAUGGAGGGAAAGUGUAUGCCUCUGGUGAAAGUUACACUACCAGCUGCGGUAGUAAGUGCACCUGCAAUGGGGGUCAGUGGAACUGUACAGAGAAAAACUGUCCUGCUACCUGUUCAUUGCAAGGAGGAGCACACUUCAUAACCUAUGAUGGAAAACCAUACACAUUUCAUGGAGAUUGCACAUAUGUCCUGUCAAAGGACUGCACAGACACAUAUUUCACAGUUCUUGGAGAGCUUAGGAAAUGUGGUAUUACUAACACUGAGACCUGUUUGAAGGCAAUCAUCUUGGCAUUAUCAGGAUCCAAUGUGAUCGUUGUGGGCCGAAAUGGAGAUGUUUCCAUCAACAGAAUAGUGACACAAUUACCACAUUCUACAUCUGAUGUCAGCAUCUUCAUGCCAUCCAGUUUCUUCAUCAUCAUCCAUUCUUUUAAGUUUGGGCUUCAACUGAAAAUACAACUUGUGCCCAUCAUGCAGGUUUUCAUCACAGUAAACUCAACAUUUCAAGGACAAACAUGUGGUCUUUGCAGCAAUUUCAACAACAUGCAGACAGAUGACUUCAAGAUCCGCGGAGGACUUAUACAAGCAACUGCUGUGGAUUUUGCCAACACUUGGAAGAUGAGAGCAGACUGCAAUGAGAUCAAGAGAAGCUUUGAGAAUCCAUGCAGUUUAAGCUCUGAAAAUGAGAAAUAUGCACAAUACUGGUGCUCCCUGCUAUCAGAUCCUUUAGGAGUCUUCUCAUUGUGCCAUUCUGAAAUUAGUCCAGACAUCUACACAGCAAACUGCAUAUAUGACACCUGUAACUGUGAAAAAACAGAGGACUGUAUGUGUGCUGCUUUAUCAUCAUACGUGUAUGCAUGUGCUGAGAGGGGCAUACAUCUUACUGGUUGGAGAGAAGCUGCCUGCAAAUCUUUUAGUACUUCCUGCCCAAGCACCAUGGUGUAUUCCUACAACAUGACUAGCUGUGACCGUACUUGUCAGUCUCUGAGCCAGAAGGACUACAUCUGCACCAUGAGCUUUGUACCAGUAGAUGGCUGUGGCUGUGCAGAGGGGACAUACCUGAAUGAGAUUGGCACCUGUGUUCCUCCAGCCAGCUGCCCAUGUUAUGAUUUCAAUACAUUGAUCCCAGCUGGUGAAGUCAUUAGCAAAGAUGGGACCACAUGCACUUGCAAACAGGGAAGACUGGAUUGCAUUGGUGAAUUUAAGGCAGAAGUAUGUACUGCACCAAUGACAUUCUUCAACUGUUCCACGUCUCCUCCUGAAACGACCGGGUCUGAAUGUCAAAAGAGCUGCAAAACACUUGACAUGGCCUGUAUCAGCACAGAAUGUGUGUCUGGCUGUGUGUGUCCCUCUGGACUUGUGUCAGAUGGAGAAGGUGGUUGCAUUACUGAGGACCUUUGUCCUUGUAUCCAUAAUGGACUAACCUAUCAAUCUGGGAGCAGUGUUAAAUUUGAUUGUAACUACUGCACAUGUAAGGACAGAAAAUGGCAGUGUACCACAAAGCAAUGUAGUGGAACCUGCAGUGUGUAUGGGAAUGGACACUACAUAACCUUUGAUGACAAAAAAUAUGUUUUUAGUGGAAACUGUGAAUAUACACUUGCACAGGACUACUGUAGCAGCAGCAAUGGCAAUGGCACUUUUAGAAUAAUCUCUGUAAACAUUCCAUGUGGAACCACAGGCACCACUUGCUCCAAGGCUAUCAACAUCUUCUUGGGGAGCAAUGAAAUUACAUUGAGUGAUGGAACCUACCAACUGGUCCAAAGAAAUACAGGGGAGGACAUCCCUUACCAAAUUCGGACCAUGGGAAUUUACUUGGUGAUUGAGGCUGACAAUGGUUUGAUCAUUAUAUGGGAUAGGAAAACGAGCAUAUAUAUCAAGCUGAGCCCUGACUUUAAUGGAAAUGUAUGUGGUCUGUGUGGAAACUAUGAUGGCAAUGCAAACAAUGACUUCACCACAAGAAGCCAAGAAGUUGUAGUUGAUAGCCUGGACUUUGGCAAUAGUUGGAAGUUCUCACCCAUGUGCCCAGAGGCAUUGGCUAUCCAAAAGCCGUGUACCAGUAAUCCCUACAGAGAAGCGUGGGCACAGAAACAGUGCAGCAUUAUAAACAGCAAUGUCUUCUCAAGCUGCCAUUCACAGGUGGACCCAUCUACUUACUAUGAUAAUUGUGUGAGCGAUGCGUGUGCUUGUAAUACCGGUGGAGAUUGUGAGUGUUUCUGUACUGCUGUAGCGGCAUAUGCAGAAGCCUGUAAUGCAGCUGGAAGCUGUGUUCAGUGGAGAACUCCUAAAGUUUGCCCACUGUUCUGUGAAUACUUCAACCCUCCUGAUGAGUGUGAGUGGCACUACCAGCCUUGUGGCGCCCCCUGUAUGAAGACCUGCAGGAACCCCCAAGGAAAUUGUUCUGUUCAUAUUCCAGCCCUUGAAGGUUGCUAUCCCAAUUGCCCAGCUGAACUCCCCUUCUUUGAUGAAGAUAACAUGAAAUGUGUGGCACAAGAACAAUGUGGGUGCUAUGACGGAAUGCAGCAAUAUAAGAUUGGCAAAACAAUCCCAUCUACGAAUAACUGCGAGACAUGUAAUAAUAUGCACCAUUAUGGGGAAAUCAUUUACCACACAACAGACGGACUUGGAGGUUGUAUUACAGCUGUUUGUUCUGAGAAUGGAACAAUUAAAAGGACACUGACACCUUGUGAAACCACAGUUUCCCCAACAUCAGUAACCACAACACAGAAAUGGACUACCACACCAGUGCCUACAACUGUGUUUGUCUUUACAAAACCAGAAGUAACCACCUCUCAGAGUUCCAUCAUUACCAAAUCUACAGCAGUACCACCAACACCACCUGAAUUCACCACUCCAAGAUUAGAAACACCACCAAAAGAAACCACUGCUGCAACAAUAGGAGUUCAAACAUCAUAUACUACCGGUGCUCCUGAGAUCACCACAUCUCUUCCACCAUCAACAGAAACAGCGACUCCCGGUUUGGCGUCUACACCAUCCAUUUCCACGGGCUCCAUACCAACGACUGUGACACAGACAACACCACAGCCUAUCACAACAAAUGUUGUAACAUCUGUUGAAACAAGCACUAAAGCCACAAGUCCUACUGCUCAAGAGACUACCACAUCCGCAGAAAAACCAACACAGCCAAGCACUGCUGCUGAAAAAUCAAAAGAGACACCAGUAAUAACUGCGACUCAGCCUUCCACCAUCACCGAAUCUACUGUAGUACCAUCAACAACAGUUGUUAUUACAACAACCACAGCUGAAAUAUCAAAAACCCCAGGAAAAGAACCAUCCACACUAUCAGAACAAACAACACAUUUGAUCACUGGUGUUGUAAAGACAACACCCGAGACACCAGAAGUAACCACCUCUCAGAGUUCCAUCAUUACCAAAUCUACAGCAGUACCACCAACACCACCUGAAUUCACCACUCCAAGAUUAGAAACACCACCAAAAGAAACCACUGCUGCAACAAUAGGAGUUCAAACAUCAUAUACUACCGGUGCUCCUGAGAUCACCACAUCUCUUCCACCAUCAACAGAAACAGCGACUCCCGGUUUGGCGUCUACACCAUCCAUUUCCACGGGCUCCAUACCAACGACUGUGACACAGACAACACCACAGCCUAUCACAACAAAUGUUGUAACAUCUGUUGAAACAAGCACUAAAGCCACAAGUCCUACUGCUCAAGAGACUACCACAUCCGCAGAAAAACCAACACAGCCAAGCACUGCUGCUGAAAAAUCAAAAGAGACACCAGUAAUAACUGCGACUCAGCCUUCCACCAUCACCGAAUCUACUGUAGUACCAUCAACAACAGUUGUUAUUACAACAACCACAGCUGAAAUAUCAAAAACCCCAGGAAAAGAACCAUCCACACUAUCAGAACAAACAACACAUUUGAUCACUGGUGUUGUAAAGACAACACCCGAGACACCAGAAGUAACCACCUCUCAGAGUUCCAUCAUUACCAAAUCUACAGCAGUACCACCAACACCACCUGAAUUCACCACUCCAAGAUUAGAAACACCACCAAAAGAAACCACUGCUGCAACAAUAGGAGUUCAAACAUCAUAUACUACCGGUGCUCCUGAGAUCACCACAUCUCUUCCACCAUCAACAGAAACAGCGACUCCCGGUUUGGCGUCUACACCAUCCAUUUCCACGGGCUCCAUACCAACGACUGUGACACAGACAACACCACAGCCUAUCACAACAAAUGUUGUAACAUCUGUUGAAACAAGCACUAAAGCCACAAGUCCUACUGCUCAAGAGACUACCACAUCUGCAGAAAAACCAACACAGCCAAGCACUGCUGCUGAAAAAUCAAAAGAGACACCAGUAAUAACUGGGACUCAGCCUUCCACCAUCACCGAAUCUACUGUAGUACCAUCAACAACAGUUGUUAUUACAACAACCACAGCUGAAAUAUCAAAAACCCCAGGAAAAGAACCAUCCACAUUAUCAGAACAAACAACACAUUUGAUCACUGGUGCUGUAAAGACAACACCCGAGACACCAGAAGUAACCACCUCUCAGAGUUCCAUCAUUACCAAAUCUACAGCAGUACCACCAACACCACCUGAAUUCACCACUCCAAGAUUAGAAACACCACCAAAAGAAACCACUGCUGCAACAAGAAGAGUUGAAACAUCAUCUACUACCGGUGCUCCUGAGAUCACCACAUCUCUUCCAGCAUCAACAGAAACAGCGGGUCCCGGUUUGGCGUCUACACCAUCCAUUUCCACGGGCUCCAUACCAACGACUGUGACACAGACAACACCACAGCCUAUCACAACAAAUGUUGUAACAUCUGUUGAAACAAGCACUAAAGCCACAAGUCCUACUGCUCAAGAGACUACCACAUCCGCAGAAAAACCAACACAGCCAAGCACUGCUGCUGAAAAAUCAAAAGAGACACCAGUAAUAACUGCGACUCAGCCUUCCACCAUCACCGAAUCUACUGUAGUACCAUCAACAACAGUUGUUAUUACAACAACCACAGCUGAAAUAUCAAAAACCCCAGGAAAAGAACCAUCCACACUAUCAGAACAAACAACACAUUUGAUCACUGGUGUUGUAAAGACAACACCCGAGACACCAGAAGUAACCACCUCUCAGAGUUCCAUCAUUACCAAAUCUACAGCAGUACCACCAACACCACCUGAAUUCACCACUCCAAGAUUAGAAACACCACCAAAAGAAACCACUGCUGCAACAAUAGGAGUUCAAACAUCAUAUACUACCGGUGCUCCUGAGAUCACCACAUCUCUUCCACCAUCAACAGAAACAGCGACUCCCGGUUUGGCGUCUACACCAUCCAUUUCCACGGGCUCCAUACCAACGACUGUGACACAGACAACACCACAGCCUAUCACAACAAAUGUUGUAACAUCUGUUGAAACAAGCACUAAAGCCACAAGUCCUACUGCUCAAGAGACUACCACAUCCGCAGAAAAACCAACACAGCCAAGCACUGCUGCUGAAAAAUCAAAAGAGACACCAGGAAUAACUGGGACUCAGCCUUCCACCAUCACCGAAUCUACUGUAGUACCAUCAACAACAGUUGUUAUUACAACAACCACAGCUGAAAUAUCAAAAACCCCAGGAAAAGAACCAUCCACACUAUCAGAACAAACAACACAUUUGAUCACUGGUGCUGUAAAGACAACACCCGAGACACCAGAAGUAACCACCUCUCAGAGUUCCAUCAUUACCAAAUCUACAGCAGUACCACCAACACCACCUGAAUUCACCACUCCAAGAUUAGAAACACCACCAAAAGAAACCACUGCUGCAACAAUAGGAGUUCAAACAUCAUAUACUACCGGUGCUCCUGAGAUCACCACAUCUCUUCCACCAUCAACAGAAACAGCGACUCCCGGUUUGGCGUCUACACCAUCCAUUUCCACGGGCUCCAUACCAACGACUGUGACACAGACAACACCACAGCCUAUCACAACAAAUGUUGUAACAUCUGUUGAAACAAGCACUAAAGCCACAAGUCCUACUGCUCAAGAGACUACCACAUCCGCAGAAAAACCAACACAGCCAAGCACUGCUGCUGAAAAAUCAAAAGAGACACCAGUAAUAACUGCGACUCAGCCUUCCACCAUCACCGAAUCUACUGUAGUACCAUCAACAACAGUUGUUAUUACAACAACCACAGCUGAAAUAUCAAAAACCCCAGGAAAAGAACCAUCCACACUAUCAGAACAAACAACACAUUUGAUCACUGGUGUUGUAAAGACAACACCCGAGACACCAGAAGUAACCACCUCUCAGAGUUCCAUCAUUACCAAAUCUACAGCAGUACCACCAACACCACCUGAAUUCACCACUCCAAGAUUAGAAACACCACCAAAAGAAACCACUGCUGCAACAAUAGGAGUUCAAACAUCAUAUACUACCGGUGCUCCUGAGAUCACCACAUCUCUUCCACCAUCAACAGAAACAGCGACUCCCGGUUUGGCGUCUACACCAUCCAUUUCCACGGGCUCCAUACCAACGACUGUGACACAGACAACACCACAGCCUAUCACAACAAAUGUUGUAACAUCUGUUGAAACAAGCACUAAAGCCACAAGUCCUACUGCUCAAGAGACUACCACAUCUGCAGAAAAACCAACACAGCCAAGCACUGCUGCUGAAAAAUCAAAAGAGACACCAGUAAUAACUGGGACUCAGCCUUCCACCAUCACCGAAUCUACUGUAGUACCAUCAACAACAGUUGUUAUUACAACAACCACAGCUGAAAUAUCAAAAACCCCAGGAAAAGAACCAUCCACAUUAUCAGAACAAACAACACAUUUGAUCACUGGUGCUGUAAAGACAACACCCGAGACACCAGAAGUAACCACCUCUCAGAGUUCCAUCAUUACCAAAUCUACAGCAGUACCACCAACACCACCUGAAUUCACCACUCCAAGAUUAGAAACACCACCAAAAGAAACCACUGCUGCAACAAGAAGAGUUGAAACAUCAUCUACUACCGGUGCUCCUGAGAUCACCACAUCUCUUCCAGCAUCAACAGAAACAGCGGGUCCCGGUUUGGCGUCUACACCAUCCAUUUCCACGGGCUCCAUACCAACGACUGUGACACAGACAACACCACAGCCUAUCACAACAAAUGUUGUAACAUCUGUUGAAACAAGCACUAAAGCCACAAGUCCUACUGCUCAAGAGACUACCACAUCCGCAGAAAAACCAACACAGCCAAGCACUGCUGCUGAAAAAUCAAAAGAGACACCAGUAAUAACUGCGACUCAGCCUUCCACCAUCACCGAAUCUACUGUAGUACCAUCAACAACAGUUGUUAUUACAACAACCACAGCUGAAAUAUCAAAAACCCCAGGAAAAGAACCAUCCACACUAUCAGAACAAACAACACAUUUGAUCACUGGUGUUGUAAAGACAACACCCGAGACACCAGAAGUAACCACCUCUCAGAGUUCCAUCAUUACCAAAUCUACAGCAGUACCACCAACACCACCUGAAUUCACCACUCCAAGAUUAGAAACACCACCAAAAGAAACCACUGCUGCAACAAUAGGAGUUCAAACAUCAUAUACUACCGGUGCUCCUGAGAUCACCACAUCUCUUCCACCAUCAACAGAAACAGCGACUCCCGGUUUGGCGUCUACACCAUCCAUUUCCACGGGCUCCAUACCAACGACUGUGACACAGACAACACCACAGCCUAUCACAACAAAUGUUGUAACAUCUGUUGAAACAAGCACUAAAGCCACAAGUCCUACUGCUCAAGAGACUACCACAUCCGCAGAAAAACCAACACAGCCAAGCACUGCUGCUGAAAAAUCAAAAGAGACACCAGGAAUAACUGGGACUCAGCCUUCCACCAUCACCGAAUCUACUGUAGUACCAUCAACAACAGUUGUUAUUACAACAACCACAGCUGAAAUAUCAAAAACCCCAGGAAAAGAACCAUCCACACUAUCAGAACAAACAACACAUUUGAUCACUGGUGCUGUAAAGACAACACCCGAGACACCAGAAGUAACCACCUCUCAGAGUUCCAUCAUUACCAAAUCUACAGCAGUACCACCAACACCACCUGAAUUCACCACUCCAAGAUUAGAAACACCACCAAAAGAAACCACUGCUGCAACAAUAGGAGUUCAAACAUCAUAUACUACCGGUGCUCCUGAGAUCACCACAUCUCUUCCACCAUCAACAGAAACAGCGACUCCCGGUUUGGCGUCUACACCAUCCAUUUCCACGGGCUCCAUACCAACGACUGUGACACAGACAACACCACAGCCUAUCACAACAAAUGUUGUAACAUCUGUUGAAACAAGCACUAAAGCCACAAGUCCUACUGCUCAAGAGACUACCACAUCCGCAGAAAAACCAACACAGCCAAGCACUGCUGCUGAAAAAUCAAAAGAGACACCAGUAAUAACUGCGACUCAGCCUUCCACCAUCACCGAAUCUACUGUAGUACCAUCAACAACAGUUGUUAUUACAACAACCACAGCUGAAAUAUCAAAAACCCCAGGAAAAGAACCAUCCACACUAUCAGAACAAACAACACAUUUGAUCACUGGUGCUGUAAAGACAACACCCGAGACACCAGAAGUAACCACCUCUCAGAGUUCCAUCAUUACCAAAUCUACAGCAGUACCACCAACACCACCUGAAUUCACCACUCCAAGAUUAGAAACACCACCAAAAGAAACCACUGCUGCAACAAUAGGAGUUCAAACAUCAUAUACUACCGGUGCUCCUGAGAUCACCACAUCUCUUCCACCAUCAACAGAAACAGCGACUCCCGGUUUGGCGUCUACACCAUCCAUUUCCACGGGCUCCAUACCAACGACUGUGACACAGACAACACCACAGCCUAUCACAACAAAUGUUGUAACAUCUGUUGAAACAAGCACUAAAGCCACAAGUCCUACUGCUCAAGAGACUACCACAUCCGCAGAAAAACCAACACAGCCAAGCACUGCUGCUGAAAAAUCAAAAGAGACACCAGUAAUAACUGCGACUCAGCCUUCCACCAUCACCGAAUCUACUGUAGUACCAUCAACAACAGUUGUUAUUACAACAACCACAGCUGAAAUAUCAAAAACCCCAGGAAAAGAACCAUCCACACUAUCAGAACAAACAACACAUUUGAUCACUGGUGUUGUAAAGACAACACCCGAGACACCAGAAGUAACCACCUCUCAGAGUUCCAUCAUUACCAAAUCUACAGCAGUACCACCAACACCACCUGAAUUCACCACUCCAAGAUUAGAAACACCACCAAAAGAAACCACUGCUGCAACAAUAGGAGUUCAAACAUCAUAUACUACCGGUGCUCCUGAGAUCACCACAUCUCUUCCACCAUCAACAGAAACAGCGACUCCCGGUUUGGCGUCUACACCAUCCAUUUCCACGGGCUCCAUACCAACGACUGUGACACAGACAACACCACAGCCUAUCACAACAAAUGUUGUAACAUCUGUUGAAACAAGCACUAAAGCCACAAGUCCUACUGCUCAAGAGACUACCACAUCCGCAGAAAAACCAACACAGCCAAGCACUGCUGCUGAAAAAUCAAAAGAGACACCAGGAAUAACUGGGACUCAGCCUUCCACCAUCACCGAAUCUACUGUAGUACCAUCAACAACAGUUGUUAUUACAACAACCACAGCUGAAAUAUCAAAAACCCCAGGAAAAGAACCAUCCACACUAUCAGAACAAACAACACAUUUGAUCACUGGUGCUGUAAAGACAACACCCGAGACACCAGAAGUAACCACCUCUCAGAGUUCCAUCAUUACCAAAUCUACAGCAGUACCACCAACACCACCUGAAUUCACCACUCCAAGAUUAGAAACACCACCAAAAGAAACCACUGCUGCAACAAUAGGAGUUCAAACAUCAUAUACUACCGGUGCUCCUGAGAUCACCACAUCUCUUCCAGCAUCAACAGAAACAGCGACUCCCGGUUUGGUGUCUACACCAUCCAUUUCCACGGGCUCCAUACCAACGACUGUGACACAGACAACACCACAGCCUAUCACAACAAAUGUUGUAACAUCUGUUGAAACAAGCACUAAAGCCACAAGUCCUACUGCUCAAGAGACUACCACAUCCGCAGAAAAACCAACACAGCCAAGCACUGCUGCUGAAAAAUCAAAAGAGACACCAGUAAUAACUGCGACUCAGCCUUCCACCAUCACCGAAUCUACUGUAGUACCAUCAACAACAGUUGUUAUUACAACAACCACAGCUGAAAUAUCAAAAACCCCAGGAAAAGAACCAUCCACACUAUCAGAACAAACAACACAUUUGAUCACUGGUGCUGUAAAGACAACACCCGAGACACCAGAAGUAACCACCUCUCAGAGUUCCAUCAUUACCAAAUCUACAGCAGUACCACCAACACCACCUGAAUUCACCACUCCAAGAUUAGAAACACCACCAAAAGAAACCACUGCUGCAACAAUAGGAGUUCAAACAUCAUAUACUACCGGUGCUCCUGAGAUCACCACAUCUCUUCCACCAUCAACAGAAACAGCGACUCCCGGUUUGGCGUCUACACCAUCCAUUUCCACGGGCUCCAUACCAACGACUGUGACACAGACAACACCACAGCCUAUCACAACAAAUGUUGUAACAUCUGUUGAAACAAGCACUAAAGCCACAAGUCCUACUGCUCAAGAGACUACCACAUCCGCAGAAAAACCAACACAGCCAAGCACUGCUGCUGAAAAAUCAAAAGAGACACCAGUAAUAACUGCGACUCAGCCUUCCACCAUCACCGAAUCUACUGUAGUACCAUCAACAACAGUUGUUAUUACAACAACCACAGCUGAAAUAUCAAAAACCCCAGGAAAAGAACCAUCCACACUAUCAGAACAAACAACACAUUUGAUCACUGGUGCUGUAAAGACAACACCCGAGACACCAGAAGUAACCACCUCUCAGAGUUCCAUCAUUACCAAAUCUACAGCAGUACCACCAACACCACCUGAAUUCACCACUCCAAGAUUAGAAACACCACCAAAAGAAACCACUGCUGCAACAAUAGGAGUUCAAACAUCAUCUACUACCGGUGCUCCUGAGAUCACCACAUCUCUUCCAGCAUCAACAGAAACAGCGACUCCCGGUUUGGCGUUUACACCAUCCAUUUCCACGGGCUCCAUACCAACGACUGUGACACAGACAACACCACAGCCUAUCACAACAAAUGUUGUAACAUCUGUUGAAACAAGCACUAAAGCCACAAGUCCUACUGCUCAAGAGACUACCACAUCUGCAGAAAAACCAACACAGCCAAGCACUGCUGCUGAAAAAUCAAAAGAGACACCAGUAAUAACUGCGACUCAGCCUUCCACCAUCACCGAAUCUACUGUAGUACCAUCAACAACAGUUGUUAUUACAACAACCACAGCUGAAAUAUCAAAAACCCCAGGAAAAGAACCAUCCACACUAUCAGAACAAACAACACAUUUGAUCACUGGUGUUGUAAAGACAACACCCGAGACACCAGAAGUAACCACCUCUCAGAGUUCCAUCAUUACCAAAUCUACAGCAGUACCACCAACACCACCUGAAUUCACCACUCCAAGAUUAGAAACACCACCAAAAGAAACCACUGCUGCAACAAUAGGAGUUCAAACAUCAUCUACUACCGGUGCUCCUGAGAUCACCACAUCUCUUCUAGCAUCAACAGAAACAGCGACUCCCGGUUUGGCGUCUACACCAUCCAUUUCCACGGGCUCCAUACCAACGACUGUGACACAGACAACACCACAGCCUAUCACAACAAAUGUUGUAACAUCUGUUGAAACAAGCACUAAAGCCACAAGUCCUACUGCUCAAGAGACUACCACAUCCGCAGAAAAACCAACACAGCCAAGCACUGCUGCUGAAAAAUCAAAAGAGACACCAGUAAUAACUGCGACUCAGCCUUCCACCAUCACCGAAUCUACUGUAGUACCAUCAACAACAGUUGUUAUUACAACAACCACAGCUGAAAUAUCAAAAACCCCAGGAAAAGAACCAUCCACACUAUCAGAACAAACAACACAUUUGAUCACUGGUGUUGUAAAGACAACACCCGAGACACCAGAAGUAACCACCUCUCAGAGUUCCAUCAUUACCAAAUCUACAGCAGUACCACCAACACCACCUGAAUUCACCACUCCAAGAUUAGAAACACCACCAAAAGAAACCACUGCUGCAACAAUAGGAGUUCAAACAUCAUCUACUACCGGUGCUCCUGAGAUCACCACAUCUCUUCCAGCAUCAACAGAAACAGCGACUCCCGGUUUGGCGUCUACACCAUCCAUUUCCACGGGCUCCAUACCAACGACUGUGACACAGACAACAUCACAGCCUAUCACAACAAAUGUUGUAACAUCUGUUGAAACAAGCACUAAAGCCACAAGUCCUACUGCUCAAGAGACUACCACAUCCGCAGAAAAACCAACACAGCCAAGCACUGCUGCUGAAAAAUCAAAAGAGACACCAGUAAUAACUGCGACUCAGCCUUCCACCAUCACCGAAUCUACUGUAGUACCAUCAACAACAGUUGUUAUUACAACAACCACAGCUGAAAUAUCAAAAACCCCAGGAAAAGAACCAUCCACACUAUCAGAACAAACAACACAUUUGAUCACUGGUGUUGUAAAGACAACACCCGAGACACCAGAAGUAACCACCUCUCAGAGUUCCAUCAUUACCAAAUCUACAGCAGUACCACCAACACCACCUGAAUUCACCACUCCAAGAUUAGAAACACCACCAAAAGAAACCACUGCUGCAACAAUAGGAGUUCAAACAUCAUCUACUACCGGUGCUCCUGAGAUCACCACAUCUCUUCCAGCAUCAACAGAAACAGCGACUCCCGGUUUGGCGUCUACACCAUCCAUUUCCACGGGCUCCAUACCAACGACUGUGACACAGACAACACCACAGCCUAUCACAACAAAUGUUGUAACAUCUGUUGAAACAAGCACUAAAGCCACAAGUCCUACUGCUCAAGAGACUACCACAUCUGCAGAAAAACCAACACAGCCAAGCACUGCUGCUGAAAAAUCAAAAGAGACACCAGUAAUAACUGCGACUCAGCCUUCCACCAUCACCGAAUCUACUGUAGUACCAUCAACAACAGUUGUUAUUACAACAACCACAGCUGAAAUAUCAAAAACCCCAGGAAAAGAACCAUCCACACUAUCAGAACAAACAACACAUUUGAUCACUGGUGCUGCAAAGACAACACCCGAGACACCAGAAGUAACCACCUCUCAGAGUUCCAUCAUUACCAAAUCUACAGCAGUACCACCAACACCACCUGAAUUCCCCACUCCAAGAUUAGAAACACCACCAAAAGAAACUACUGCUGCAACAAGAAGAGUUGAAACAUCAUCUACUACCGGUGCUCCUGAGAUCACCACAUCUCUUUCAGCAUCAACAGAAACAACGGCUCCCAGUAUGGCGUCUACACCAUCCAUUUCCACGGGCUCCAUACCAACGACUGUGACACAGACAACACCACAGCCUAUCACAACAAAUGUUGUAACAUCUGUUGAAACAAGCACUAAAGCCACAAGUCCUACUGCUCAAGAGACUACCACAUCUGCAGAAAAACCAACACAGCCAAGCACUGCUGCUGAAAAAUCAACAGAGACACCAGUAAUAACUGCGACUCAGCCUUCCACCAUCACCGAAUCUACUGUAGUACCAUCAACAACAGUUGUUAUUACAACAACCACAUCUGAAAUAUCAAAAACCCCAGGAAAAGAACCAUCCACAUUAUCAGAACAAACAACACAUUUGAUCACUGGUGCUGUAAAGACAACACCCGAGACACCAGAAGUAACCACCUCUCAGAGUUCCAUCAUUACCAAAUCUACAGCAGUACCACCAACACCACCUGAAUUCACCACACCAAGAUUAGAAACACCACCAAAAGAAACCACUGCUGCAACAAUAGGAGUUCAAACAUCAUCUACUACCGGUGCUCCUGAGAUCACCACAUCUCUUCCAGCAUCAACAGAAACAGCGACUCCCGGUUUGGCGUCUACACCAUCCAUUUCCACGGGCUCCAUACCAACGACUGUGACACAGACAACAUCACAGCCUAUCACAACAAAUGUUGUAACAUCUGUUGAAACAAGCACUAAAGCCACAAGUCCUACUGCUCAAGAGACUACCACAUCCGCAGAAAAACCAACACAGCCAAGCACUGCUGCUGAAAAAUCAAAAGAGACACCAGUAAUAACUGCGACUCAGCCUUCCACCAUCACCGAAUCUACUGUAGUACCAUCAACAACAGUUGUUAUUACAACAACCACAGCUGAAAUAUCAAAAACCCCAGGAAAAGAACCAUCCACACUAUCAGAACAAACAACACAUUUGAUCACUGGUGUUGUAAAGACAACACCCGAGACACCAGAAGUAACCACCUCUCAGAGUUCCAUCAUUACCAAAUCUACAGCAGUACCACCAACACCACCUGAAUUCACCACUCCAAGAUUAGAAACACCACCAAAAGAAACCACUGCUGCAACAAUAGGAGUUCAAACAUCAUCUACUACCGGUGCUCCUGAGAUCACCACAUCUCUUCCAGCAUCAACAGAAACAGCGACUCCCGGUUUGGCGUCUACACCAUCCAUUUCCACGGGCUCCAUACCAACGACUGUGACACAGACAACACCACAGCCUAUCACAACAAAUGUUGUAACAUCUGUUGAAACAAGCACUAAAGCCACAAGUCCUACUGCUCAAGAGACUACCACAUCUGCAGAAAAACCAACACAGCCAAGCACUGCUGCUGAAAAAUCAAAAGAGACACCAGUAAUAACUGCGACUCAGCCUUCCACCAUCACCGAAUCUACUGUAGUACCAUCAACAACAGUUGUUAUUACAACAACCACAGCUGAAAUAUCAAAAACCCCAGGAAAAGAACCAUCCACACUAUCAGAACAAACAACACAUUUGAUCACUGGUGCUGCAAAGACAACACCCGAGACACCAGAAGUAACCACCUCUCAGAGUUCCAUCAUUACCAAAUCUACAGCAGUACCACCAACACCACCUGAAUUCCCCACUCCAAGAUUAGAAACACCACCAAAAGAAACUACUGCUGCAACAAGAAGAGUUGAAACAUCAUCUACUACCGGUGCUCCUGAGAUCACCACAUCUCUUUCAGCAUCAACAGAAACAACGGCUCCCAGUAUGGCGUCUACACCAUCCAUUUCCACGGGCUCCAUACCAACGACUGUGACACAGACAACACCACAGCCUAUCACAACAAAUGUUGUAACAUCUGUUGAAACAAGCACUAAAGCCACAAGUCCUACUGCUCAAGAGACUACCACAUCUGCAGAAAAACCAACACAGCCAAGCACUGCUGCUGAAAAAUCAACAGAGACACCAGUAAUAACUGCGACUCAGCCUUCCACCAUCACCGAAUCUACUGUAGUACCAUCAACAACAGUUGUUAUUACAACAACCACAUCUGAAAUAUCAAAAACCCCAGGAAAAGAACCAUCCACAUUAUCAGAACAAACAACACAUUUGAUCACUGGUGCUGUAAAGACAACACCCGAGACACCAGAAGUAACCACCUCUCAGAGUUCCAUCAUUACCAAAUCUACAGCAGUACCACCAACACCACCUGAAUUCACCACACCAAGAUUAGAAACACCACCAAAAGAAACCACUGCUGCAACAAUAGGAGUUCAAACAUCAUCUACUACCGGUGCUCCUGAGAUCACCACAUCUCUUCCAGCAUCAACAGAAACAGCGGCUCCGGGUUUGGCGUCUACACCAUCCAUUUCCACGGGCUCCAUACCAACGACUGUGACACAGACAACACCACAGCCUAUCACAGUACAUGUUGUAACAUCUGUUGAAACAAGCACUAAAGCCACAAGUCCUACUGCCCAAGAGAGUACCACAUCCGCAGAAAAACCAACACAGCCAAGCACUGCUGCUGAAAAAUCAACAGAGACACCAGUAAUAACUGCGACUCAGCCUUCCACCAUCACCGAAUCUACUGUAGUACCAUCAACAACAGUUGUUAUUACAACAACCACAGCUGAAAUAUCAAAAACCCCAGCAAUAGAACCAUCCACAUUAUCAGAACAAACAACACAUUUGAUCACUGGUGCUGUAAAGACAACACCCGAGACACCAGAAGUAACCACCUCUCAGAGUUCCAUCAUUACGAAAUCUACAGCAGUACCACCAACACCACCUGAAUUCACCACUCCAAGAUUAGAAACACCACCAAAAGAAACCACUGCUGCAACAAUAGGAGUUCAAACAUCAUAUACUACCGGUGCUCCUGAGAUCACCACAUCUCUUCCAGCAUCAACAGAAACAACGGCUCCCAGUAUGGCGUCUACACCAUCCAUUUCCACGGGCUCCAAACCAACGACUGUGACACAGACAACACCCGGAACUCCUGAAUUCACCACCAGAGCUUUAGAAACAACAACACCACCAACAGAAACCACUGCUGCAGCAAGAACUGCUGAAACUUCAAUGACAACACAUGAAGUUAUAACUGGAAGUACUGUACCUUUAAAAACUGAGCCCCAAGUGAUAACAUCCACCACAACAUUUAAGAGUACUUCAGCCACUGUCACAGGAUCACUGCUUACAUCUCUAGGCCCAGAUUGUGCCAGUCUUAAUCCACCAAGAAAGAAUGGUGAAUCCUGGAAACUGGAGAAUUGCACUACAGCCACAUGUACUGAUGGCAAAGUUAUCCACACCCCAACCAUUUGUGGAACACUUGGACCCAUAAAAUGUGAAAAUGGCCAACCCCCUCAAAAAAUAUAUAAUGAGACUGGCUGCUGCUACAGAUAUGAAUGUGAAUGCACUUGUACUGGAUGGGGUGGUUCUCAUUAUGUAACAUUUGAUGGAAAAAACUACUCAUUCAGUGAUAGUUGUUCAUACAUUUUGGUUAAAGGAGUUAGUGCAAAUUUGAAAAUAGUCCUUGACAGACAGCCCUGCAGCACUGGAAGCUCAUUCUGUCCACAGAGCCUGAUCAUUACAUACGAAGGUCAAGAGGUUGUUCUCACCCAAAAAAUGACUACAGGUGGCAUAACCAAUGUGGUAAUGGUGGACAACAAGCAAAUCUAUCCUGCAUUCAAAAAUGGUAAUUUCAUCAUCACAAGUACAGGGAUGGAAGUCAUGGUGAUGAUUCCACAGAUAGAGGCUCAAGUUACCUAUGCUGGUUCCACAUUUAACAUUGAUUUGCCAUUCUCACUCUUCUACAGCAAAACAGAGGGUCUGUGUGGUACAUGUGAUAACGACCAAGAGAAUGACUGCCAGUUACCCUCUGGUAAGAUCGCGCUCUGCUCCCAAACAGCUCCCAACUGGCUGGAUUCCAAUAAGCCAUGUAUACAGCCCACCACCCCAUCUCCAACUACUACAUACACCAAGAGCACACCCUCCCCAUGCAGGCCAUCAAUCUGUGAGCUCAUCUAUAGCCAAGUGUUUGAGCAGUGCCGUGAGGCUGUUCCUCCAGAGUCGUAUGUAGAAAGCUGCAGGCAUGAUGAGUGCACGACAGCAGCCUCGGGCUGCACCAGCCUGCAGGCCUACGCAUCAGCAUGUGCUAACAAGGGCUUCUGUGUGGACUGGAGGAAGUACACAAAUGAGACAUGUGAGGUUAAAUGUCCUCUGAAUAAGGUCUACCAAGCCUGUGGACCAGCUGUACAACCAACCUGCAAUGCACAGUAUAACAGCCAAUACCAGGUCCAAAUUCAGACAAACAACACAGUAAUGCAUGAGGGAUGCUUCUGUCAACCAGGAACUACCCUAUUCAACACAAACUCGGAUGUCUGUGUCACAUCAUGCGCUUGCACAGGCUCUGAUGGGAGCCCCAAAAUGCCAAAUGAAAAAUGGCAGAAUGGAUGCCAAAUGUGUGAGUGUGACAAUGAAACUCUGAGCAUCCAGUGUUGGUCUGUUACCUGCCCCACUGUGUCCACCCCUGUAUGUGAUAAUCCUGGAGAAGUUCUUGUCAACAAAUCAGAUGGAUGCUGCAUAAGUCAUGAAUGCUAUAUGCCAUCAAGUGGCUGUAACAUUCAGAAGAACACCACCGUCCUGGUAAGCAAUGGUUGCACCAGCACUGUGCCUGUGGAAAUCACUUCCUGUGCAGGCUCAUGUGAAACAUUCUCCAUAUACUCUGCAAAGGCCAAUUCUCUUAUGCACUCUUGCUCUUGCUGUCAAGAGCAGGCCAUAAGUCAAAAGGAAGUGGAGAUGAUUUGCCCCAAUGGAUCAAAGACAAAUCACAUAUAUACCUAUAUUGAGUCCUGUGGCUGCACAAACACAGAAUGUGUUGACAUGUCCUACAAGUGA